GUCCACCCGGCACCCACCGGCACAGGAGGAACCCGCCUACACAGAGCCACUGGCCCCACCCCUCCUUCACCCUUAAAAUCGGCUUGAGCUGUUCAGGGAGACAGAGCCUGCGGUAACCCAACAGCUCAGCGCCAAGGAGAAGCCCCCUGCAAGGCUGAGAAAAGAAGCAAGAAUUCGCGGGACACGGAAGAAAUGGGGAGCCAAACGAAGACCAAGCUGUUGUGUGUAGUGCUGCUUUGCGGAGUGGUUUUCACACUGCCUGGCCAGGGAAUGCACAACAGGUUCAGAAGAGGAGCCCGGACCUACAAAGUGACCUGCAGAGACGCGCAAACACAGACCACUUACCAACAGCAUCAGUCCUGGUUGCGCCCCAUGGUCAGAAGCAGCAGGGUGGAAUACUGCAGGUGCAUCGGUGGCUCAGCGCAGUGCCACUCCGUGCCUGUCAGAAGUUGCAGUGAGCCAAGAUGCUUCAAUGGGGGUACGUGUCAGCAGGCCCUGUAUUUCUCCGACUUCGUCUGCCAGUGCCCUGAUGGAUUUAUUGGGAAACGCUGUGACAUAGAUACCAGAGCCACAUGCUUCCAGGACCAGGGCAUCACCUACAGGGGCAUGUGGAGCACAGCGGAAAAUGGGGCCGAAUGCGUCAACUGGAAUAGCAGUGUUCUCUCCCUGAAGCCCUAUAAUGCAAGGAGGCCGAAUGCCAUCAAGCUGGGCCUUGGGAAUCACAAUUACUGCAGAAACCCUGACCGAGACGCGAAGCCCUGGUGCUACGUCUUCAAGGCAGGGAGCUAUACUUCAGAGUUCUGCAGCACACCAGCUUGCCCUAAGGGAAAAAGUGAGGAAUGUUACGUUGGAAAUGGGUUAACCUAUCGUGGCACCCACAGCCUCACUACAUCUAAGGUCUCCUGCCUCCCGUGGAAUUCCAUGAUCCUGAUAGGCAAAAGUUACACGGCAUGGAGGACCAACUCACAGGCACUCGGCCUGGGCAGACAUAAUUAUUGCCGGAAUCCAGACGGGGAUGCCAGGCCUUGGUGCCACGUGCUGAAGGACGGAAAGCUGACGUGGGAAUACUGCGCUAUGUCCCCAUGCUCCACCUGUGGCCUGAGGCAAUACAAACAGCCUCAGUUUCGAAUUAAAGGAGGACUCUUCACAGACAUCACCUCACACCCUUGGCAGGCUGCCAUCUUUGUCAAGAACAGGCGGUCUCCUGGAGAGAGGUUCCUGUGUGGAGGAGUGUUGAUCAGUCCCUGCUGGGUGCUGUCUGCAGCCCACUGCUUUCUGGAGAGGUUUCCUCCCCAGCAUCUUAAAGUGGUCUUGGGCAGAACAUACAGGGUGGUCCCUGGCGAAGAGGAGCAGACAUUUGUGAUUGAAAAAUAUAUAGUCCAUAAGGAAUUUGAUGACGACACUUAUGAUAACGACAUUGCAUUACUGCAGCUGAGGUCAGAUUCCAAACAGUGUGCCCAGGAGAGCAGAUCUGUCAGCACGGCCUGCCUCCCUGACCCCAACCUGCAGCUUCCCGACUGGACAGAGUGUGAGCUGUCUGGCUAUGGCAAGCAUGAGGAAUCGUCCCCGUUCUUCUCUGAACGGCUGAAGGAGGCUCAUGUUAGGGUGUACCCAUCGAGCCGCUGUACGUCACAGCAUUUGUCUAACAAAACCGUCACAAACAAUAUGCUGUGUGCCGGAGACACCCGGAGUGGAGGCACCCAAGACCUCCAUGACGCCUGCCAGGGUGACUCCGGAGGACCGCUGGUGUGUAUGAUCAAUAAACACAUGACCUUGGUUGGUAUCAUCAGCUGGGGCAUUGGCUGUGGGCAGAAGGAUGUCCCUGGGAUAUAUACAAAGGUUACUAAUUACCUAGACUGGAUUCAAGACAACAUGAAGCAAUGACUAAGAAAACCCAGCUCCUUGGAUCCGGAGGAGGGUCUGCCUUCCUCUUCUAUAGAAAACACACCUAAAAGGCCAAACGUUCUUUACUUUAUCAUCUUCCUAGACUGCCACUCGGCAGAGGGACGGAGGGUCUGUAGGAGAGGACGUAGCGUUUAUCUAUGACAGGUACUUCACAGUUCCUAAGUUUUCAGGGACGAAGGUCUGACUUUAGGAUAAAGUCUGUCUGAUGAGAAGAUGGGAAAAUGCCAACCCUCCCAUAACUCUAGGAUUUAAAAGAGAAAGGUAGACCAAAGUCCACUCUCCUGGUCCGCCAUUUUGUACACUGGACUACAAGACACAAGAUCAUGUCUCAACAAUAAAACACAGCUUGAUCUUUCAGGAGAGAAGUUUGCAUUAGGGACAAGGAUACAUAUUUAUAGUUACAACAGGGCCCAGCAGAAGAGACAGAAGUGUUGGCUGGCCAGAUCACAGCCCCAUAAAACCCUUGAAAUCAAAUAUUCUCCACGUCCUUCCCACUCCUCAACUCUUGGGAGGUAUUCCUUUGUAUACAGUGUAAAUCUUUUUAUCUUUAUAAACAUUAUAGAUAGUUGGGAGAACUAUGUGAUUUUAAUAAUUGAUGAAGCAGCAUUAGCAUAUUUAUAUAUUAAUCUAUUUUAGUUUUUACUUUGUUAUCAUGACUUUGUAUUAUAUUGUACUUAAAUAAUAAACCCAGAGGUAUUUUUCACACUUUUCAAA